GGGAAGGGGAGAUGGACGGGAGGGGAUGGGGGAAAGGGGAGAGGGAUGGGAUGGGAGAUGGGAGAUGGGAGAUGGGAGAGGGAUGGGACAUUUGGGGGGAAAUGGGGAUGGGACGAGGAAGGGGUUGUAGGUAGAUAUUGGAGGAAGGGAGGGAGGGAGUCUGGGCGGUGUGUGUAUGUAGUGCGCAGUGGUAGUUCUUGAUGAUGUUGUUUAUAUCAGAUGAGAGAGAUACAUGUAUGCGCACGUGGACGGUCUACGACGUACGUACGACUCACGAAGAGUCCAGUCAGUCCAAUGUUGCCUGACCCAAGUCCUCACGCGCAUCCAACGUCAAGUCCAUCACUCACGCCCAACAAUGCACACACGCACGCACGCUCUAUACACGAAACAUCUUUCGAUUGUUUCUAAUCUGCUAGCUUGCUUGCUCGCUUCUUCGUCCGUCUCUCCCGCCCAGCUUAACGACCUCGCAAAAGCAAAGUUGCGAGGUCUCCUGCUCAUCAGCAGUAGUCGCCGGCCCACUCACGACGCACCAACUCCCACAACUCCCACCGCUAUGACUUCGGCUAGAAUGAGCCUACGUACAUGGCACCUGGGCCGAAACCAAAAACCCUAUCGCCAUCCCAAAAAGGAACGCAAUCACAGACGCGCGCGCGCGCACGUACACACACACACACAUCAUGGCACCGCAGCUGGAAUAUCAUGGAAAACUGAAGUUUUUGCCGCCCGUAAUCAGGUUCCGAUUUGAGACAAUCGAGAAUGCCAAAAACGCAGUUCGCCUGUCUAGAAGGUUUCUGACCAAAAGUCAUCGUUACAGACUGACGCCGGGAACAUCUGCCCCAAAAAAUUGGAUCUGAGUCGAGAAAGUCGAAAAGUGAACAAAAGAAAUAUUGAGCGGGGGCAUCAAGCGUAGCACACGGAAAUGGUGCGC